CGGACUCACCGGGGACGCGGCCAAUCACUGGCAGCGGAGCUCUCGGGGCGGUCCCCUUUAACUCUGGGGUGACUGGGAAGCGCGACCGCAGAAGAGGAAGUGCCCGAGCAGCUCUCAGGGAGGGGACCAGUCCUCGCUUCGUCAGGCGGAACAGCUGCUGGUACUGCUGCCAUGGACUCACUGGUGAAUAUGUAUGAAGGCUUCCUGGAGGGAGCAGACCCCCGGAUUGCAAAGUAUCCACUGAUGGGUUCACCCUGGCUUAUGACGGGUAUCUUGCUGAGUUAUGCCUACUUUGUGUUGUCACUGGGGCCACGAAUCAUGGCCAACCGGAAGCCUCUAAACCUCAAGGCGUUUAUGGUUGUUUAUAACUUCUCCAUGGUAGCAUUAUCUAUCUACAUAGUUUAUGAGUUCCUUAUGGCAGGCUGGUUGACUGGUUACUCCUGGAGGUGUGACCCUGUGGACACUUCCCAGGAUCCUAAGGCACUUCGAAUGGUCCGUGUGUCCUGGAUCUUUGUCUUCUCUAAGUUCAUUGAACUGUUGGAUACGGUGAUAUUUAUCCUAAGAAAGAAGACUGAGCAAGUGACCUUCCUGCAUGUGUUUCAUCACUCAGUUCUGCCGUAUAGCUGGUGGUGGGGUGCCAGCUUUGGACCAGGAGGAAUGGGCUCAUUCCAUGCUAUGGUGAACUCUAUAGUACAUGUAGUAAUGUACUUCUACUAUGGCUUGUCAGCUGCAGGACCUGCCUUCCAAAAAUACCUGUGGUGGAAGAAGCAUAUCACAGCCAUUCAGCUGGUGCAGUUUGUGCUCGUCUCUAUCCAUGCCUCCCAGUACUACUUCAUGCGCACUUGUGACUUCCAGUAUCCAAUUUUCAUCCACCUCAUCUGGAUUUAUGGUGUUAUCUUCUUCAUCCUCUUCUCCAACUUCUGGUACCAGUCUUAUACCAAAGGCAAGCGUCUACCCAAGGUCACGAAGCAGUCCCAGCACAACGGCUUCCAUGAGAAUGGUGUCAUUGCUAAUGGGAAAACCAAAGCCAACUAAAGCCAAUCGAAGGGGGUAGGACCAAGGUGACUCAGACCAAUUAGCCCCAUAUCUGGGCCUGCUAGCCAGAACAAGUGCCUACAGACUGUUGUUUUUUGCAGUUCCAAGCAUCCUUCUCCACUGCCCUGUAUCCCUCCUUGCCUGGCCUUCAGCUGUCCCGAGGAAGAAAGGCUGUCGGUGCUGGAUCCAGCCCAUGGUGUCCCAAGUGCCUGUGUCUGCCCUCGUUUAGGCUGCCUCCAGAGCUGGACCAAAGCAGAGUCCUGACCUUUUCUGUAACUGCCCACGGGGGCACAUCUUUCCAUUUAGUUCUAUGUAUUUCUUGUGUCCAGGUGGGAAUUUUUCCUUUAAUCUCCCUGCUUUUGUGUUGCACUCCAUUCAUUCCAUCUUCUUUUCCACAUUGGUGCCCUGCCAUUCGUACUUGAAUGUGAGUGGCCCCUGUUGCCCUGGGUUUGACUUCCCAGAGAUAUUGAUUCCUGCUGUGUAUGCAGGUGGGGUGCUACAGGCCAGGGGUUUCAUUCAUGCUGCCUUGGCUGGCCUCAGUCUUCAUCCCUGCACAUAACAUCUCCAGCUUUGGUUGCUCUGAUCCCUGGAGUUUAGCAAUAAUGCUCCCCAUGGGUUGAUGACCACAGUUCUUGCUGCACUGAAGCCCAGGGAAAAGAAAUAGGACUCCGUUGUCCUGCUUGCAUGCUGUUGCUGUGUGCUCUUUUGGUUGUUGUUUUAACUGGAUCUGCUCCAAAGGAGCAGAAGCUCCCUGUGUUCUAAGCCUUGGGGAGUACACAUCCAAGGGAGGUUCCUCCCUACUGUCUAAGCAGCUCACUUGUAUUCACAGAAAUAAAUGGACAGAAAGAGAACAGUGGUUCUUGUUCUUGAUUUCAAGGGCAUAUUCCUGGGUGAGAAGUAGAGGAAGCCUUCCCAUGUGGCACAGUUGAGUAGAUGGUGUUAUUUUAGGAUUCCAGUUGCUUGUAUUCCCAUUUGCAGCUGCACACUUGGAUCAAAACCUCCUGAACCUCUGUAAUUGUUCUCUGGGUGUAGCUUGCCAUCAGUGGGGUUUUUUUUUGCCCUUGACCAUUAUGUUGUCAGAACUCUUGUGUCUCUCUUCUCCUCCCACCCCUUUGGCCACCUUUUCUUUACCCACAGCCCUAUUCAUAAGUACUGAGCUGCACCUUUCCUGGGCUCCUGCUUUUCCUCCCCAACAGUCCAAGAAGCAGCAUGUACUCUUUUCAUUCCUUAUAUGGAAACAAUUUCAGGCCAUCUGCUUCCUCCCUUGCAGUGGCUCUUGUUCUUGCCCAAGCUCCAGUGGCUGGCAAUGUCCUGCUAUGCCUGAAGAAGCCCCGUUUGUUUGUUUUGUGUUUUUUUUUGGGGGGGGUGGGGGUUGCCAACAGCUGGUGUAGGGAUGAUAAAUGGAGCCACCACAACUACCCCCAAAAUAGGAAAACCAUACAUUUGAGACAUAGUUUUAUCAGAAGCCUGUUUUAACAGUGUUAGUACGUAUAGCAAUUUCUAAAUCUCUGCUGCCAGCAUAGUAAGUGGUGUUUCUAUGCUAAAUAUGACUGCCGGUAUAUCCUGCUGAGUAUGAUAACUUAAGGCACUGUAGAAUUUACAGUUUAUAUCUCAAGAUUUAUACUAGGCUACACUUUGUUGAACUGACUUGAAGGUUAUAAAGUCUACCCUCAGCAGUGAGGUAGAAAUGGAUGCAAUUUGUAAUCCAGAUUAUGGGUCCUGAACAAAGACAUUUUACGUACAUAAGAGAAUGUAUCUGUUCCAUCAGCAAUAUUUGGUUACACUUGCAGGUACCAGGCAUUAUCGGUUAACAUCUUUCAACAGAACUCAUCCAGUCACAUCUACCCUGUUAAUGAAAAUAGGUUUUCUGACUUUAUUUUGGAUACUAAUCUAAUUUACUUGCUGUACAUUGCCACUCACACCCCCUUUGGUAGCCCUCCCAAUUUGCACAACCAGGAUUACUUCAAACUAUCUGUGGUUUCCAAUCCUGCUUUGCAGGGGGAAGUGCAAACCAUAGUUUUCUUGUACAGACAUAACAGCAAACUAUAAACCAUAAAGUCAAGCAGUCACUAAUACAUUGCAAUUAUGUGAAGGCACAUUUCAACAACUUAACUCUUCCAGAUUUACAGACGGUCUCUACUAGUGAUUACCAGAGGUAAUCAUUUUUUACAAGCCUAUUUUACAACAAAUGAAUGUCAUCUGCAAAUUAUUGCCCAUGUGAGGAUUUAAUAACUGAGGAAUGAGCAAGAAGAAAUGUGUAUGUAGUAGAAGUAUAGCAGUAGUUCUGCAAUUUGUCUAAAGUCAACCUUUGAAUUCUUGAAAAAUGUUCGUUUUUACUUUAAAUACAAAUUAUUUUCAUAUAUAAAGGAUUGUAAAGGCCUUAUUUCCUCACCCCUAAUUAGCACACACUUUAGGCAUUUCUUAGGAAUCCUGUCAUCACUAUCUUGCUGCACUACAAGAAGGAAACUAACAUUUUGGUGAAGCCCAUGCUCAGGGGAGAAAAAAGCAUGACGUUUAUACAAUAUCCUAUACAGAACCGGCCUUGACCCCUCUUGCACUUUACUGCUUUUUGUAAAAGGUGCCAUUAAGGUUGACUCUAUGAUUUUGUUGUUGCUUCACAUCUGCACUGAACUUCAUGCUACAUCUGUUUUAUAACUAACCUGUUCUGAGGAGAUGUGACAAUAAAUAAUGAAUGGCUCUUCCAUAAAA